AUGACCACCUCCACCUUCAAAGACACAAACCUCCUCACCUUUGCCCACACAAUCCCCGACCCCAACUCCUCCGCCACCGCCCUCCUCUCCCGUUGGUCAGACACCCUCGUCUCCUCCCCGCCAGCCCUCAUCGCCGUCCCAGACACAGAACAAGACGUCGUCUCGGCAAUCACAUUUGCCCGCAGCAACAACCUCGUCGUCCUCCCCGUCGCAGGCGGCCAUGGCUCCGCCGUCCCCAUCACCUCCAGGACGCUCUACCUCGACCUGAGAAACUUCAACGCCAUCGAGCUCGACAACCUCAAUGACCAAGUCGUCGUCGGAGGCGGCGUCCUCACGGGCCAACUGAUACGGCACCUCGCCGACGAGGGCUACUUCACCUCCGUCGUCAACUCAAACGCAGUCGGCGUCGUCGGCGGCCUCCUCGGCGGCGGCAACACCUCCGUCAACGGCAUCGUCGGCUGGAUGGCCGACAGCGCCGUCUCCUUCCGCAUCGUCACCGCCGCCGGAGACGUCCUCGACGUCGGCGGAUCCUCCUCCUCCUCUGAGAGCGAAGAGCGCGCCCUCUUCAACGCCCUCUGCGGCGUCGGCCACGGGCUCUGCGUCGUCCUCAGAGCCACCAUGCGCGUUUACCCCCUCAGCUCCCUCGGGCUCUCCCCUACCAGCAGCCAGGAUCCCACGCCCAGCAUCUGGAACCGCACCGUCAUCCUGCCCCUUGACGCCAUCGACUCCGCCGUCAACACUUUCCUCGCCUUCGCCCCCCCUCCCGAGCCCAUGAACAUGAUUCUCGCCUUCUCCCGUGGCCCCCCUGGCACCCCGAUGGCGGGAACCCCCAUCCUCGUCCUCACAUGCACGUACUACGGUCCAGCCAGGGAAGCCGAGGCCUCCCCCGCAGGCGCAUCCCUCCGCCGCCCGUCCCUCGUCUCAAAAGCCCUCAAGACGGACACCGUCCAGAUCCCCUUCCCCGGUGUCAACGCUUACACCGAGCCCCUCAACGCCCACGGCGGCCUGAAGACCAUGUUCGCCGCCCGCCUCGCCCGUGUCUCGCCUCAGGCCCUCAAGGACGCCUACGCACGCUACGUGGCCGAGACGGGUCGAUACCCCGACGCCUCUCGCAGCGCCGUCAUGUUCCAUAGCUCUAACCCGCGCAAGUCUACCGAGCUCGGCGCCACGCCCGAGCACGCGGGCAAAUUCCUCGAGGCUCGCAACAGAGGCAUCAAUGUCCUGGGGGUGUUGUGGUGCCAGGAGCUCGCCACCCAGGAAGCGCUCGCCGUGUUCUAUGACGAAACCCUGGCGAAGCUGCAAAAGGCCGAUGAAGAAGACGGCCUUCCCCCGAGGACCUUUCCGGGCGCGAUGAAGUUCCUCCCUGGACGCCGGGACCUGCUGUCUGAGGAGAAGCUGGCGGAGCUGGAUCGGCUACAUGCCAAGUGGAAUGGCGAUGGACUAUUCUGGAAUCCGUACAAGGCGUGA